AUGGAGAACGACUCGACGUUUGUCGCGCCAGAGGGUGUUUACUCCAUCACAGAGGAACACAAGCCUACUGGCGCUACACAGGCCACCGUCAAUUCCGUCCCCAUCCUCUUCCCCGCACGCCUGUCUGCCGUCACCGUUCGUUACCCUGCCACAAAGUCCCCGAACUCCCCCGGUCUCUCCCAGCUGCUGGGCGCAAACCGCGAGAAAGAGCCCAAGAAGGACAAGGCCGCUAACUCUAAAGAGCGCGACGAUGGUCUGAGCAUCUCCAGCAGCGAGGACCCGGACGAGGGCUCUCCGGACGUGUCGACCGCACCACCACCAGAGACCGCGAAAGCAUCACCCAUCGUGCCCCACGACUCUCCCAACACCAUAUUUCAUCACAAUGCGCCCGCGGCAGGCAAGAAGAAGUCAGCCGCGCGCCCCAAACACAACAUGCGAACCACGUCCUCGACGUUCAUCACGCGACUACAGAAUGCCGAUAAUCUACACAAGACUCUGCAGUCAAAACAGGGGGAGGCGACAUACCUCUUCAACAACUCAGCCAAGAGCUUUAUCUGGACAGAAGCGGGAGCUAAGGCGAAGGUACGUUUACUCUUCACUGGGCAGGAGCCUCUUGCACGGAUACAUUUCUCUGCACACCCGACGUGCCACGACGUCAAUCAGUCAACGGUAUCCCCCGAACGUAUUGAUGUAAUCAUAGGCUUCAAUACGGGAGAUAUUCUGUGGUUCGGUUUAGAUCCCAUCUCCACUCGAUAUGGGCGUCUGAACAAGCAGGGUAGAAUUUGCAACUCACCUUGCACAGCUAUUCGCUGGGUUCCACACUCAGCAAACCUCUUCUUGGUGUCACAUGCAGACGGUACCAUCCUCGUCUAUGACAAGGAGCGUGAAGAUGGAGCAUUUGUCGCGAAAGAACCAGGUACCGGAAUGGGAACAAGCAUCAAUUCCUCCCAAGAUGGUUCAUCAUCGCAGGGAGAAUGGGAUCCCUUCGAAAGCAUCUACGUGACGAUGCCACCAUGGCACCCCGUCGCCGCUGGAGGUGCUCUGAUUGUUGGAAAAUCAGACAAAGACAAGACUGCUAAGAAUCCGGUCAGUCAUUGGAAAGUCUCUCGACGCAGUAUUGUAGACUUCGUGUUCUCGCCCGACGCCAAGUUUGUAGCCGCAAUUUCAGAGGAUGGUUGCUUGAGAAUCAUUGAUACCGUUGCGGAACAACUGGUUGACUGCUACGCAUCGUAUUUUGGCGCGCUUAGUUGUGUAGCAUGGUCACCGGAUGGCCGAUUUAUCUUGACGGGAGGCCAAGACGAUCUGGUCACUAUUUUCUCCCCUUGGGAACAACGAGUAAUUGCAAGGUGUCAAGGACAUUCAUCAUUCGUGUCUGCUCUAGCCUUUGAUGACCUUCGCUGUGAUGGCCGCACAUACCGGUUUGGUAGUGUGGGGGAGGAUAACAAACUGAUCCUGUGGGAUUUCUCAAGUGGCGCCUUGCAUCGACCAAAAACUACUCACCAACAAAGGUUGUCAAUGACCUCAUCAGUGUCGCUGGCACUACGCCGGCGAGGCGAAUCUACCUUAUUACUAUCCGUCCCGGGCGCAGACUCGCCUAUGCCUCGUUACCAUCCAGCCCCUUCCCGCAAUGAGGUUGCAGUUGUACAGCCUGUCUUGGUAAAGCACAUGGGGAGCGAGAUGUUAGCUAACAUACUCUUCACGUCGCGCGGUAUCCUCACUGCUACUAGGAGCGGCCAUAUCAAGCUGUGGAUUAGACCGCUGGUCAUCAAGCCACGCCAUCUACGGAACCAAAGCACGUACAGAAGAGAUUCUCUAAUCGAUGUGAUUGGAUAA